GCAUUGGGAUUGUGCUCCUGAUUGGUCAAUUGCUCUACUCUCCUCCAACUCCAAACGCACUUCACCUCCCACCUCCACCUCACAUUCGCAAUGAUGGCCACCUUCCACAGUCCUUGAACCUUGAACCUACGGCCCGAGCCGUCUCAGGCUGAAUCUUCUCUCUACAACACAAUUUCGUGCUCGACAGCAGCUCGUGCCGAAGGCGUCCACAAUGGCCGCGCCGGCCGCCUCUUCCCUCUACACGACCACCUUCCUCCUCGCCAUCCUCAUAACCCUCCUCAUCGCGGCCUCCCUCCGCCUCCUCGCCAUCCUCCCCAAUGGACCCUUCAAACCUAAACCCUUCCGGCGCAGACCGAUUGCAACCCGUGUCCUCAUCGUACUUGGCUCCGGCGGCCACACCCACGAGAUGUUCUACCUCCUUCGGGAUCUGGACACGCGCAAAUACACACACAGAACCUACGUCGUUAGCUCCGGGGACGCAUUCAGCGCCGGACGGGCCGUGGAAUUCGAACGGGAGCUCGAAGCCCGGGAACUCGAGCGGGAGAAGAACGCCACAGCGCAGGACCCGUCCUCUACGAAUACCGCCUCAAGGAAGUUAGAAGAAGAAGCGAAACCCGCCUGCACAGGCCCCUCUCACUACAAUCUUGUCACCCUGCCGCGCGCCCGCCGCGUCCACCAAACCCUCCUCACCUCCCCGAUCACCUCCCUCUACACCCUCCUCUGCAGCUUCCCCCCGCUCCUCUCCUCCCCGCCCCUCCUACCAGGCCAACCCCCACAGAACCCCUACGAAGCCGCCGCCGCCGACCUGCCAGAUCUCAUCAUUACCAACGGUCCCGCAACCGGCGUCAUCGUCGUGCUCGCGUCGCUGAUACUGCGGUUCUUCGAUAUCCGGGGUGCCCAGAGCAGGGGCAAGUGCAGGACAAUUUAUGCGGAGAGUUUUGCGAGGGUGACGAGGUUGAGUUUGAGUGGGAAGAUCCUGGUUUGGUGUGUGGAUCGGUUUUUGGUGCAGUGGGAGGAGCUGGAGGGGGCGGGGAGGGGAAGGGCGGAGUUUUGGGGGGUGCUGGUUUGAGACGGUGUUUUCGAUGCAAGGUGAGGGAAACAUAUCCUCGAUAGCGGGUUUCACGACUGGAUGUGCUUAAUCAAAGUGCAGCAUGUUCUUCAAGCAUAGCGGUACGGCGUUCGGAUGUAUUGGUGCAAACAUUUUCAGAGAUACC